AGCGCUGCGCCACAGGUUCCAGCAUGCACUAACAUGGCGUCUUGUUCCACAUAGAGCUAGAAAAAGUCUGAGUUCCGCGGGGCUUGUGUGGUUCAUGCAUAGUCCUUGCUCCCAUGACGUUUAAUCGCUGUUGAUCCAGUUUCACUCCGCCUAGGAUCGCUCGGCUGCCAACAAAAGUCGCUUUUGUGAUGACGGAGGCUGACGUACUUGCCCGGGUGGUUAUAACAUGGAAAGUUGUGCUGUUUUAUUCCGGGUUCGUCCUGUGGGUUGGACGGAAGUAACGUCACGACGUAACCAGCUAGCCACAACAAUACUGUCACCGUCAUAACAUUAGCGUGGAAGGACACGAGGCUGCGGAGGUGGAAGGUUAUGUAAAUCUCAGCCACUGGAACUUUGUUUUUGGUUUUUAAAAAUACAAUCAAAGAAAAAAAACUACAAGACAAUACAUAGCUAAGUUUCAGAUAAUGGAAUCCUCAACAAAUUUAGAUGUUGGAGCUCAGCUAAUUGUGGAAGACUGUGCUACCAGCUACAGCAUCUCUCACAUGCCAGAUAUUAAAGUGGAGCAUCACCUUGAUUCCAGCAUUGAAGAAGGACCAGCACAGAGUGUUGCAAUGGGAAUGAAAUUCAUUUUGCCCAAUAGGUUUGACAUGAAUGUAUGCUCCCGUUUUGUGAAGUCCUUGAAUGAAGAAGAGAGCAAAAACAUCCAAGAUCAAGUGAACUCUGAUCUUGAAGUGGCAUCUGUAUUAUUUAAAGCUGAAUGCAAUAUUCAUACUACUUCUCCUGGAAUUCAAGUCAGACAUGUCUAUACCCCUUCAACUACAAAACAUUUUUCACCUAUAAAACAGUCCACCACUUUAACUAACAAGCAUAGAGGAAACGAAGUCUCUACAACACCUCUGCUAGUGAACUCUCUCUCCAUUCACCAGCUGGCAGCUCAAGGGGAAAUGUUAUAUCUAGCCUCACGCAUAGAGCAAGAAAAUGUAAUCAAUCAUACAGAUGAAGAAGGCUUUACCCCUCUGAUGUGGGCCGCAGCCCAUGGGCAGAUAGCGGUGGUAGAAUUUCUCCUUCAAAAUGGUGCAGACCCACAGAUCCUGGGGAAGGGGCGAGAAAGUGCACUGUCAUUGGCCUGUAGUAAAGGAUACACAGACAUUGUCAAGAUGUUGAUUGACUGUGGAGUUGAUGUCAAUGAAUAUGACUGGAAUGGUGGCACCCCCUUGCUCUACGCUGUACAUGGGAACCAUGUGAAAUGCGUUAAAAUACUUUUAGAGCAUGGUGCUGAUCCAACUAUAGAAACAGACUCUGGGUAUAAUUCCAUGGAUUUGGCUGUAGCUCUAAGCCAUCGUAGUGUUCAACAGGUGAUUGAGUCUCACUUAUUAAUGCUUCUCCAAAAUGUCAAGGAAUAACACCACUGCAGGAAUGAGAGCAGAUUCUAAUCUGGAGAGUUGGACUGAGUGUUAGCAUUGCAGAACUUGAUUUACUUUCCUCAGUCCAGUCAUUGCAGGGGGACUCCCAUUAUUUGCCAGCUAAGGAUAAAAACUGUUCCUUUAUGAAAAUGGCUCAGUGACAGAUUGUCACCAAUCCCUGUGCUUCGACAGUUCUUGCUGGUAUAUGCAUUUUAAUAGGCACUGGUUGCGCUGAUGGAAUUGUCGACAGCAUAGUAUGGCCUGCCCGUGGUCUCGGCAAGCCUUACCUUUACCUUGGUGUUGCUUUGUUGUGCCAACAGGGCUUGAGGUCACAAAUGGGUUAAAAAAACCCCUAUCAUAACAGCAUAAUGUUUCAAGCAAGAAGUAAGAUGCCACCAGAACAAUGUUUUUACUGCUUGAUAGUUGUAUUCAGGUAACUGUUUUUGGAGAGAGUGUUUCCCCCCCCCCCUUUUUUUUUUUGUUUAUAGAUGUUUUUAAAGCCAAACCUUACCUCUUUUGUAAAUAUGUUGUAAAAUGUGAUAUUAGAUUGCAUAGAAUCUUUGAGAAAGGAAUGGGAAGGGGCAAUCAGACUUUAUUCUGUGUGGCAUAUAUAGUUUCUAUAAAUUACGUAUGUUUUUUGGGGAAUAACAUGAUGAAUCUUCAGAAUAUAUUAAUGUAUUGAGUCUAGCAGUUGGAACAUUGUAUUAAUAGAUGAUAGUGAAAUGAAGCAGAGAAAGCACUGGAAUAUGAAAACAUAUAUUUUUAAAAUACACAUUUAAAUGGUAGGCAGAAAACCCACCUAUGGUAACUGAACUUUCACUGCAUUGCCACAGAGUAGUUUGAAAUAGGUGGAAAGUUGAUUACCAUAAUUAUACUCUUUCCCCAAAAAAGAUCUAAAGACAAUUAUAAAUUCAUCCGCCACUGUUUCCUGGACCUUAUUUCCCUCCCCUCCAAUCAGGUACCCUGACGUGAGUUCUGGACCUUCCUUCAGGGCUUCUGUUGGCUCCCUGGCCUUUCUGUCAGCAUCCCACCCCACCGCCUCCUGAAUCACCUCCCUCCCGCCUCUCCCCACUUCUCGGCACAGACACCAAGGCCUGGUCUUUGGUUGGCAGCUCCUGCUUAACACCCCUCCAAUUGCUUUGCCUGACAGUGGCUGCCGCUCCCUGGAGCUGUGGAAUAGCAAUGCAUCUUGUCCCUUCUCCACCUCUCUGCCUGCUUUCCUCUCUUGCAGGCUGAAGCUCCUGCACUUGGCUCACUCCUGACCGCCCAUCCCUCUUUGCAGCUCCUGGGUGGCCAGUUGCAUCCCUUUGAUGCUGGGUGUCACUGUACCUCCAUCUGCCCACCACCGAUGGUGAGCUCUCAUUGGGGCAGUUGGGCCGGGGUCACUGCUUGGAGCAGGAGGGAGCCAGCAGGGUCUGCAAGGGCUAUGCUGGGCCCGGCACUGGACAGCUGCCCUUAAAACUGAUUCCUCAAUGCCCACAGACUGUUUUCCUCCAUGCCCAUGGGACUAUUUUCACCUGUGGAGGCAUGCUAUUUUCACUUUCCCUGCAGCACAAAUGACUGUACUUAGAUUUUUUGGUGGAAAAGAAUAUAAACUGCCCUAGUUUAUUUAAAAUGUAUACUGUGAACAUGGUAACCAGUCUUUAUCCGAGGACAUGAUCUAUAUUGGUUGUCAUUGCAGAAAAGAGCAUGGCUCAUCUUUAGACUCGUGCGCACCCUCUUCUGCUCACCUUUGCUUAAGAAACAUGGUAAAGCUCAACUCAUAACUGUGGUUUGUUCAACUGUGCCUUGAGACCUACUCUAAUUUAGUUUAGAGGACAGAGAAUAAACCAUGGCUUGCCAUUUAACCUGAAUCACAAACUAGGAUUAAAUACAAAAGCAAUAUAUGGCGGAUACAGCACAUGAACCGAAUAAUGCCCUAGGCUUAUCCCUGUAAUGACAGACCAUGGUUUGCCAUUGAACCAGUCAUGCUGUGGUGUCUAUUUUAGGAUGCAGUAAAACAACCCUGUUGAGGAAGACUAUAAAUUCUAAACACAGAAACAAUAUAGUAUAUCUUAAAACUUUUCCCCAGUAACAACAUCAGCAUAUGUGAAGGACAAUAGUGCAAUAUUAGAAAUACCCUGGUUUCCCCAUUCACUAGCCAGAGAAGACUACUGAACUGCCUGCCUCUCUUGGGGUCUUUUGCAAACAUUUCACUCCAUUUGUUAUAUUAGAUGUGCUAAUUAGAAUGGCUAAAGCUGUAAAUGUUUUAAAAUUAUGUAUAAGGGGUUCGGCAAGCAUUUUGAACUGAUUUUGGAUAUUUUCAGAGCCAUGGUUCUAUAUAUCGUGUAAAUAAAAUGCUCAUUAAAUGUGUAUGGUGACAUGUUUCAUCACAGCAGUAAAGUGACCCUUUGUUUUUCUCUAAGGUAUAUAUUUUAAAAGGUGAUUGUUUGGUAUUUAUUUCAUUUUUAUUUAAAAAAAAACAGCAUGUUUAACUAAUGCCAAACUUAUUUUCAUGCUGUGGUUACAUACAUGGCUUUUCUUCAUUUAUGUGGCGCACAAAUAUAGCAGGGAUUAAAGAACAGAACUAUUCCUCUAUUCCACAAGUUCUCAGCAUUAUAAUCUGUACAAUGUUUGAUUUAUAAAUUGCAUUAAAAUAAAUGUGAUCUGCUCUGUUCUGUCUUUAAUAAACCUGUACAGGUAGUACUGUACAACUCUC